AUGCUGCUCGCGCUUCGGCUAUGCAGAUUCCUUGGCAUUGUUGUGAUUGGCCUUGUGCAGGCACAAGAUCCGGGAGGAGGCAAGUGUCCGGAACCGCUGCGCUUCGAACGUUGGAUAGCAGCCUUUGCAGAGUCCUGUCAGCCACUGGCUGAUGACCUGAGCUGCAGCUGGGUGACCUGUGAUUGCCUCCAGGUCUCUUUGCAGGUUCCGGUCGAGCUGUCCUUGGUGCCAACGUGCUUUCAGGAAGGUGUGGAGACGCAGCUUCUGACGCAGGACCAGCGUCGAAUAGCUUCCGAACUUGUUCGAGGAAGUGCUUGCGGCAGUGUAACGAGAGAGCUGGGCAAGCCCUGUGGCCAAUGCGAUGGCUUCCGUUUGGAGAGGCCGCAGUGCUAUGACACCACCGCUCCGCCAUACAGGACUUUCAUCUCCGGUGCCCACCCUGUGGGCGUGUUCACGGGGCUGGUGCUGGCGACUUUGAAGUUCUUCGACGAGUUCUUGUGCUAA